GUGAGGAUAAUAAAUCGUGGUAUAGCUACCUCUCUCACUCCACCGAGGGCCGUGUAGAUUAUGCCUUGCGGUAUAGUUCCAGUUUUAACCUAAUUUCGCACCGCUGGCACUAGCUUGUGUCGUGGCAUCCUAAUGGUAAAUCGGCUCGGUUCUAGACGCCUGUUGUACACCGCGUGCCUACCCGUCGUUGUCGCAGCCGUUUGAUAAUUACAGCAGAUUCUCUAAUCUUUCCUUCAUCGCUAGUCGCCGACUAACCUAGUCCCAUAAUAGUUCAUCCCACCUGACUUCCUUCUGUACGCGUUUGCUGACGACUCGCUUCGCGAACUCCACGUCAACCUCAGGCUUCCCGCUAGCUGUGCCGUGCGAAAUAGCAUCUCCGGUGUUACCCUACGAAGCACAAGUCGCCAUCAUGAAUACGCGAUAAGGAAACCACAAAUGCUUCGUCGGUGCAGGCAGUGUUGAGUUGCCCCGAUUAGUUCGUCCCACCUGCCGCGUUUUUCCGUUACUCGCUCGCACUGGGUCUCACGCGAAUACUACCUCCACUUCGGGAGGCGUACAGUAUUUCGCGUAGAAGAUUCUUUAAGACUUGAGCAGGUUUUUUUAACUUAAAAACAAAGUUCAGGUCACUCUUCGGCGCGGUCUGAUUGGAGGCUGAGGGAGCGACGAGAUAGAAUGACGUCAGGCCUGCGUCAGCAACGGCUCUGUGGGACGUCAGCAUGACGAAGGUCUACCAGGCUUGGAAAGGCAGCAAUCGUUUCUUGUGCUGGGGUCGUUUCAUCUUCGGGCCGGACGUCCGUUCGCUGCUGGUCUCCGUCGUCCUCAUCCUCGCCCCCGGCACUCUCUUCUGCGUCUUCGUCGCUGCGCCCUACAAUGGCAAGCUCCCGGGUGGCGUCGCCGUCCUCCCCGUGUCCAUCUGCUUCGUUGUCUGGAAUCUCUUUAUCCUUCUCGUCACAGCCAGCAGGGACCCUGGCAUCUUGCCUCGCAACUUGGUACCCCCCCAGCCAGAUGAGGAGGGGGGGGGCGGGGAGCAGCAAGCAGGAGGGCCGCCAAAGAAGCUUCCACGAACCAAGGAGGUGGUGGUUAACGGGCACACAGUUAAAGUCAAGUACUGCGACACGUGCUUGCUCUAUAGGCCGCCCAGAUGCUCGCACUGUAGCAUAUGCGACAACUGCAUAGAGAGAUUCGACCACCACUGCCCGUGGGUGGGGCAAUGCAUUGGCAGGCGAAACUACCCCUUCUUUUUCCUCUUCGUCACCACCACCACCCUCCUCUGCCUCUUUGUCUUCACCCUCUCUGCUUUCUACAUCAAGCUGCUCGUCGACAACUCCUACCCGGGGGCCAGCGGGGAGAGCAUUUCCCUGCUGGCGGCGCUGGGGAAGGGGUACAUGGCGGCGGUGCUGAUGGUCUACACGUUUAUCAUGGUGUGGUUCGUGGGCGGACUAACGGGGUUCCACUCCUUUCUAAUUUCUCGCAACCAGACCACCUACGAGAAUUUCAGAGCGCGAUACGAGAAGAAAGCAAACCCCUACAACAUCGGCUGCCCCCGCAACUGGCUCUCCGUCCUCUGCUCUCGCAUUCCCCCCUCCCGCCACAAUUUCCGAGCCGACGCCCCCGAGCCUCCCCCCGCCGUUCCACCCCUAGCCAGCUCUGCUUCUUCCUCUGGUAACCCUGUUCUGUUACCGAGUAGCAACGGGCAUCCGCAGGGGAACGGAGUGCCUUUUAUGAAUGGGCUGGUUCCGUAUGCGCCCUAUGCUUCCACCUCGUCAGACCCUGCAGCAGCAGCAGCAGCAGCAGGGGUAGCAGGAGUGGCAGGAUCGGCUUUUGCUGCUGCACCAGUAGCAAGGGUGGGGUCUGGAAGAGGAGAAGGAGGGUUAGGAGGAGGAGGGGGGGGGCAGGGAGAGGGGGGAGGAAUGGGUGCGACAGACCUAGCAGCAGUCGACGAAUCAGACGCUCCCAUUCUUCCCGCCGUGCGCAACCGCCUCUCCCGACCCAACUCUCGCCGAAGCUCCCCAGCCUCCAAACCAGGGUCUCGCCGAGCCUCCCCAGUCGGCUCGUGGAAGGGCUCCCCAGGGCUUGGCUCGAAGCGUAACUCCCCCCAUAACCACCACACAUCGUCUCGUCUUAGCUCUCCCGCCCUUUCUGGUAGAUCUCCACGCACUAAGCAGCAGUCAGAGAAUGACUUAGUAGAGGCAACUAGACUGACAGACGACGAAGGAGGGCGGAUUGCGGACCAAAUAGUAGAGCUGGGGAGAGUGCCUGAUGAUUAUAUGUCGUGUGAGGGGGAGGAGGAGUGUGUGGAUAGUAGUGGUGUGCCGAGGAGUGUGAGUGGGGGUGGGAGGAGGAGUGGGAGUGGGAGGAGGAGUGGGAGUGGGAGGCGGAGAGGGGAAGAGAUAGUACCUCUGGAGGUUGGAAGUGGGGCGGGAGGGGUUGGGUGUGGUGGCAGUGGGUUCGCUGAUGGUAGUGAUUUUAGGGAGGGUGGUCAUGGGGAGGGGAGAGGGGAUGGAGUGGGUGGUGGUGGGGAUGUGGUGGUUGACGUGCCACAUGUAGCAUGAGGCUUUGACAUGGGAGAACACUGUCAGGUCAGUGGGACUCCGUCAAUUCGUUUCUCUAGUGUAGACCAGCUACCGUUGGUUUGUUCGAUGUUUGUGUUGUUACUUGUGUAUUAUUUUGCGACAAUUAACUGCCUGUCCUGCACAAUCUAAUUCUGCUGUUGGAAAUACCUCA